AUGACGCCGCGGUGGAAGGCGGCAAUUGGCCCCGGCGAGGCGGUGGUUUCGCAGUGCCGCCUGCACCCCCUCCCGGGCGCAGGCGCUUCUUCUCCUGCCCGAGGCACCCGCCAGUGUGGCGGACGGCUCGGAGGAUGCGGGGCCGCCCCGCAGUUCCGCACGGCGACGACGUUGGCCUCCUGCGUCCGUGACGGGGAGCUCAACGCGGCGCGGGGCGUUGUGGUGUCGGGAACAGGCAACCCGCACGGGGUUGAGGAGGCUUUUUUGCGCGCAGUUUCUGGGGUGUGCGGGUGCACGCCCUCGUUGAACCCCGGCAACACGCCGACGAUCGGCUUCCGGGCGACGCUGCUUUUGGAUGCGCAGACCCCGCCGCAUCCGACUCGAGUCUGCGGCCGCGUUCGCAGUGGGCGUCUCUGUCGACGGCUGGCAAAGGGCAACGGGGACAGCCAGCACGCUGCCGCUAGCAGCAAAUUAUUUGGCCGCGACGCCGCUACACAAAACGUGCGCAGCUUCGUGUUUCCACUGUGCUACCGACUGAGUCUACGGGCUGUCCGACGGUUUCCCACACACUUGCACACACACAUAAAAAAAGGGAACGCCGAGGGGAUGCACAAUGGCUGCGCUGAAGGUUGA